AACACAGCCAGGCACUGUUUUGUUGACGCCGAAUAUUAUACCCAUGCAGAAUACUUUUAUUUUUUGCCACAAAUUAGACGAAUUAUUAUAAAGUAGAUAUGCCUCACAGCGUGAUAAGCGACUCAUCAACGAGCUCUGCCUCGCGGCGAGCUAAGACCAGACAGUACUACACCGUGAGUAAGACCUCUCAAAUCGAUGAAUCCUUGUUUGGACCGGCCAACAAAAAUGGUAGCAACAAGAACACACAAGCUAUGGAGACCAGAGAAGAGGUAGACAACAGGAGAGGGUCAGGAGGAAGGACAAAGAAAAAGCAGAAAGAAGAAGUACAAGUCAUCACGAAAGACCUCAUCCGUAAACUCAUAGUACCUCGAGAAGACCCAUCAGGACAGUCUGUAGUCUUACCGUUUGAUGAAUACCGUCGGAUAAUGAAUGCUGCUAAAACCAUGUCACAUGAAGAAAAGGUCGCUGAACUCAAGAGAAGACAAGAAGAGAAACAGAAACAGCAGGAUGCCAGUAAUGAAAUUAAGCUUCACAUGCAAGCCUUGGACAGAAAGAGACAGAAGAAUGAGAAGUUGAGUGAUUUAGAAUUAGAAGCAAAGGAGCAAGGUGAAUACCUGUUAGCUAAAGCUCGUGAGCAGCAAGAAGAACAAGAAGAUGAAAUUAAACACUUAAAUGAGUUGAUGUUGAAUGCCAAAUGCCAUGCUAUCAGAGAUGCUCAGAUUCUGGAGAAAGGUGUUAUCAAGGAGGAGACAACAUAUGAAGAGAAGAGACUGGAUGCCAUGAUGGAGGCUGAUCGACAGAAGGCACUACAACUACAAGAAGAGAUCGAAGAACAGAGGAAGAUAGAGAGAUAUGAAGGGAAAGCCAUGAUCCUAACUCAAAUUUCACAACGGGAGGAAGAACGAUUAUUACAACAGGAGAAGAAAGAUCAAGAAGCGCAACAGAUGCUAAAAUACCUUGAAAAAUUACAAAUGGAAGAUCUGAAGGACCUUGAUAAGAAACGCCAGAUCCAAUUGGAGGCCCAGAAGGAGAUCCACAGGUCCAACGAGGAGGCGGAGGAGUUGAAGAGGAAGAAGCAGGAGCAGGAGAAGCUAGCAGACCUCAAGGUCAAUGAAUACAUGAAGCAGAAAGCCGAGAGGGAAGCAGCGUACGAAGCCGAGCAGGAAAGGAUUAGGAUCGAGAAAGAGAAAGAGAUUGCCAGACUCAGGGCACUGCAGGAGCGUGCAAAGGAUUAUCAGGCGGAGAAGGACGCCCAGCGGGCCAAGCGGAAUCAAGAGGAGAGAGAGAGAGACUGGAGGAGGAAGGAGAAGGAAGAGGCUAUCAUUAAGGCAGAGACGGAGCGCAUGCUUAAAGAGGCGAGGGAGGUCCAAGUUCAGAACAAGGAUCACUUCCUCGCUGUCCAGGCCCAGCGAGAGAGGGCUGAGUUUGAGAGGGUCCUGAGGGCACAGCAGGAGGCUAUGGAGAAGGAUAGGAUGGAAGAAGAAGAAACGAAACACAACCGUCUCACUCACGCUGACGAUGUCCGCAAGCAGAUCCGUGAGAAGGAACAGCUCCGCGUGUCCGACAGGAACGCAUUCUUCGAGGAAGGGGUAAAGAUUAACGAUGAAGCCAGGGACAGGAGAGCCAAGUUAGAUGCCAUUAAGAAGAAGAAACUAGGUGCAUUAAGAGAUGCUGGUGUUCCUGACAAGUACUGCGCUGAGGUGGAAAGAAAGACAAUGGCAGUCAAACACUGAAAACACCCCUAAAAUCACAAUGAACUGGUCCAAACUCUGUGUCAUCCCAUACUGGAGGAACCUUCCACUGUCAGAAAUUAGGGUCCAUUUUGCCUCAUGUUCAAGCUUAUUCCAUCCAAAAAAAACCAACUGUUGUAGAUUGUGUUUGAUCAAUCUCGAAAUCAUUUUUUUUUUCUUAUUUAGUUUAUGUCCUUAAUAUUAUUUUAUUUGGCAGCCUUGUAGCUCGCCAGAAUCAGCUUAACCUGCAUUGUGUUCAAGUCUACCUGACUAUGAAACUGUUAAACUUUCUGGUUAACAAUCUCUCUUCCUAAAUUCCAUGAACUACCGGUACUCGAAUUGACAGUACAGGUUCUGAGAUGUUAUCCAGAGCAAUUAUCCUCUUUUUUAAAAAAUGUUUAUGGCUACUGCUCUUAUGUCUCUAUCAUCUAGCUUUGCCUAACAUCCUUCAUCGUUUGUUGUUGGAUUUUCCAUUUCCAAGAGCAUCCUAAACCUUUAUAGUAAUAAGAACAGCCGUAAUUGCUAUUGUACUUUUAUAAGCAAACAUUUCAAUAUAUUUUUUCUUGAUUCCAUAUAAUUCCAAAGAUAUAUCUGGUUGAAGUAUGCCAGUUGAUUUUUAUAUGUUAUUGAUUCAUUCAGAUGUGUGUACUGUACAGUAUUUGGCUUUAGUACAACUAAAUAUAUAUUUAAUUUUAUUCACAUUUUUAUUGUCUACACUGAAUUCAACCAAUAAAUUGUACAGUGGUGUGCACAUUUGGAUUUUGUUUCAGUAUAUUGUCUUUUAUUAGAGUAUGACAUCUAUUAACAGUUACGUCAGUUCAAUAUUCUAAAAUGGACAAAGUAGCGUUUACUUGAAUGGAAAUUUGUCUUUGUAACCCUGUCCCUCCCAUCCCCCCUCUACGUGCUUACAGAAAAGGAAGGUAACACAAGCGUUGGCUAAGUCUUUUGGUAAGGUAGAAAUUGUUUGACAUAACCAAAAGAUAUCUAAAAGUGAAGUAAAUUGCAGGUUUUUGUUGGAUCUAGGGCCAGCUGUAUAAAGAGGUACAUGUAAAUGCAAGUAAAUUAUGAAUGGACACCAUGUAAUCUUAUUUAUUAAUUUUUGUUUUGGUUGCAUCUUAUUGCAACUCUGUGCAGUUGGCCUUAUCCAGUUGAAGACUGGAUGAUUUCGCAAUAACACAUAUUUCCAUUGACUCCAGCCGACAUGUAUGCGGUUUUAGUCAGUUCCAUUGAUACAUGUAUAAGGCACUUCCAUAAGGAGCUUAAUUCAUAUUUUGA